AUGUCAACGAUCGCCAACCCCUGGGGCAACCAGUAUGACUACUACGACCAUUCGGGACCGCAGGUGUUUCGCUUCGAUCAACGCGUCGACCACCACCGACCGGAACCGGCCGUUUCGCGGCGCAGUGGCAUCAACUGCCGCUGCCAGAAACUGCGCUACUGUACCAAAAUACUGGAAAUGCUACGGAGCCCCAAGUCGAGCUACGGGAACUUCAACUCGAAGCUGAAGCAACUCGCCUGCGGGUACGGCACCGACAACGAACCCAACGUUUGCUGUCCGCUCGAUGACAGCUGGCUACAUGAUGUAGAUUACGGCGGGGAAAGCGAGGAUAACGACGACGGGGACGGCAACUACUCGUACGACUCUUCGCAGGCGAUCGGCUGGGAUGAAGGCUACACGAACCGAAAGCACGAGCGCUGGUCGAAGGACCAUCCGACCGAGCGGCCAAAGUAUGUACCGAUGUCCCGGAAACGGGGCCAGUCUGCAACCCACCGUGGCAAACAGACCGGUGUGUCGGGCGUACAGAACACAAUCGCUCACUUUGAAGAUCCGAAAACGAUGAAAAACUGUCCACCGGAGAUCUACCCGGGCCAUGAUGCCGAACGCCCGACGAAGGUUUACAUAGCGCCCAUCAUGCGGACUACCACAGGACGACCGGUAGCCGUUGGGUCGGGCAGCGUGCGGUUGGCGGCGGGUAUCACCACUACGGUGCCGGCCAUUCCUACCACAAAUCUACCGGCUACGACCACGGACUCGGUGGCCACGGUGUUGCCCACGGUAUUGCCCGAUGCACCGAUGGUCAAUACACCACUCUGUGGGCUUUCAGUUAACACGAGGAUCAUCGGUGGUGAAACCGAAGUUCCGGGUCAGUUUCCGUGGAUGGCACGGUUAGCGUACCGCAAUCGAACCUCCGGACGUGUGACAUAUCGCUGCGCAGGAUCACUGAUCACCAAUCGGCACGUCAUUACGGUGGCCCACUGCGUGACGAAUCUGAUCGACGAGCUCGAAAUCGUCAGCGUUCGGUUGGGCGAUCUGGAGUGCAAUGCAGUGACGGAUCCACGGUGCAGCGCUCGUUACCAGGACUUUGCCAUCGAGCGGAUCCUGCCGCACGGUAACUACGAUACCCCGAAAUACGCCAACGAUAUCGCGCUGAUCAAACUACGGGAGACGACCGAAACAUACAACAUCAUCAGCCCGCUGUGUCUGCCCAUGGACCAGUACGCACCGUACGCGCUGAAUCUGACCGGCCAGAUGGGCAUCAUAGCCGGCUGGGGAUCCACCAACAAUCGCAGUAACGUACCGAGCCCGACCCUACAGUGGCUCCGAUUGCCGAUCGUAGAUACUACGAGGUGUGCCGGGGCAUACGCCCGCUACAGCGUCAACUCGCGUAAUCCGAUCAUCGUAUCCGGCAACCAGAUGUGCGUGCAGGGACAGGAGAACCGAGACGCCUGUCAGGGCGAUUCCGGCGGGCCACUGAUGAACGAAGCCGUGUCCACGCGCGAUCGCUUCGUCCUCCUGGGGCUGGUCUCGUUCGGACCGCGUUCUUGCGGGGUGUCAAACUUUCCCGGUGUCUACACGCGCAUUUCGUCGUACAUCGAGUGGAUAUUGGCCAACCUACUUGGCCGCGCGUUUGAGGCGAUUGAAGUGCGAAUAGGUGGGCUAACAACACUUGGUUCGCCCCUUUCGCCUUUCCGACCACCACGAGCGCGAAUCGGUGAUCUUCUCUAUUCUGAUCGUCACGAUUUCGCGGCGCUAGUUACUCGAAGAGCUUCGAACAGACAAGACGUAACAGCGAUGAGCGUGGGACCUAGGAACUUGUUUUUGUCGUGCCUAUUGCUGGUGAUACUAAACACGGUCUCAGCCCAACAAUGCAACAUGCCGGACAGUGGGAUAGGCCAGUGUAUAUUGCUGCGCGAUUGCAACACUCUGUACACACUGAUCCAGAAAAAACCACUGCUCGAUGCCGAUCGGGUCUAUCUGCAGCGAACGCAGUGCGGUUGGUCGGCGGCCAAAAAUCAUCCGCUCGUCUGCUGUUCGGACGGGGUGCAGGCUCCGAUCCGUGUUGGUGCGGAGCUACUUCCGGCCCCGGGCCAGUGCGGCAUCCAGACCAGCGACCGUAUCUACGGUGGGGUUAACACAAAAAUCGACGAGUUUCCGUGGCUCGCACUGCUCAAGUAUGAAAAACCAAACAACGUUGCCGGUUUUCACUGUGGCGGGGUGUUGAUCAACGAUCGCUACGUGCUGACUGCUUCUCACUGCGUCAACGGCAAAGAUAUACCGGUUACCUGGAAUCUGGCCGAGGUGCGGUUGGGGGAGUGGGACACUGCCACCGUUCAGGAUUGCGAAGGUUUGGGUGACGAUGUCGACUGUUCGCCUCCACCCCAGGACAUUGCGAUUGUAGCGAAAAUCCCCCAUCCGGAGUACGUGCCGACCUCCGUGGAACAGUUCAACGAUAUUGCCUUAUUGCGGCUGCAGACCGUGGUGGCGUUUUCCGACUUCGUCAAACCGAUCUGUCUUCCGGUAGCCAGCGACCUGCGAACGAAAAAUUACGUUGGAUUCCGGAUGCAGGUGGCGGGAUGGGGACGUACGGCCACGGCUCGGUUUAGCACGGUCAAGCAAAAAGUUGCCGUCGAUGGUGUGACGCUGGAUGCGUGCAAUCAAGUGUAUCAGAGGGAGCGAGUCACGUUGCGAUCGACGCAGCUGUGCGCCGGUGGCGAGCAGGGAAAAGAUUCCUGCCAGGGUGAUUCCGGUGGCCCAUUGACGGCCAUUCAAACGUCCGGUGCGAUUCAGUACUGGUACCUGAUUGGACUGGUUUCGUUCGGACCGACCCCCUGUGGGCAAGCGGGGUGGCCGGGUGUCUACACGAAAGUCGACCAGUACGUGGACUGGGUGACCCAGACGAUCGUUGCAUAAGCAACAGAGGCAGAACUUUACUAUAAUACCGACAUAGCUCUUCCCGGCUGAAUAAAGUUACGCAUACAUUAUUGAUCAGUAGA